UAAAAAUUUUCUGUUAAUAUACAUCCUACCAAUAAAAUAGUUUUAUAAAUUCUGUCUGAAUGAUGCAAAUAUGUUAGCAUUUUAAAAGAAUUUUCUACAGACAGAAGUUACUAUUAACUAUUAUUUAAGAAAUGGUUCUAGUACAUCCGCUAUAUAUUCUAAGUGAACAAAAUCAAACGCUCAUCUAUAACAAUCACAUGAGAAAAUCCUCUCAAUUAAGCCGAUGAUUAAUAAAAAAAUUGUAUUAAUUCUGUUGAAAAAGUAAUGUAAACAUUAUCUGAAGGCAUAAAAAAUGGAGUCGAAAAAGAACAAAAAAGUUUCUGGAUAUAAAAAUUCUAAAACAGAAGGAGCUAAUGGUCAGCGCUUAAAAGGAGCAGGAAAGUUUGCUGAAAUUGAAAUUCGCAAUGUUGAAACCGAUUCAAGUAAAGAAAGUGAUGCUACUAAGAAAAUUGAAUCUCAAAAAUCGAGUGUAUCAAGUAAGUCAAAAAAAUCUGACUUAAGUGAUGUUUCUGACGAAAUCGUCAUAUCGGAAUUUAAAGAUAAAAGCUCCUCUUCAUUUGAAGAAAAUGAAAGGAAAAAUGUGAAUAAAGCAAAACAGUUAAAAAACUCCAACAAUAAUAAUUCAACCGAUGAUACAAAUAAUAAAUUGGAUGAUUACAAGUUUAUUGCAUUGACUAAGUGGGUCGACAUCAAGGAUAAGCCAAAUUUGAAAGAUAGUGUACGCCAAAGUUUUGUAAAUGAAUCAAGUGAAACAGACGUGGAAAAUCAAUCUAAAAAUAAAAAAAAAACUGAAAAUUCUGAAUCUGGCCGUAGACGUAACUACGAUAAGGCUUCUAAUACUAGUUAUCAAGCGAAUUCCAGUUCAAAUGGAACUACCCAUAAAAGCGGAGAUACCAGUGAAGAUGAAGACAGUCAACCUUAUAACAAUUAUCUAAAACAGAGUUGUUCUCUUCCAACACUUACAAGUCUUAAGGCACCAAAUGGUAUAGAAAAAUUGAAGCGUCAGUUAAUGGGAAAACUUUUAGAGACUGCAAUGUGCAGGCGUAAAAGUAAAUGGAGUUUUAGAAGAAAAUGUUGUAAGCAACCACCUCCACCGUUACCAGUUGAAAAUCUUACAAAAGGCUGUGUUAUUCAACAAAUUUUACAUUACAAUGAAUCAGAUGAAGAUUCGUGUUUUAGUGAUACUAGCGAAGACGAUGGCUCUAAUGCUAGUAUUCAUUAUAAUAGUCCUUGCUGUGAUUCUUUUACUCGUCAUUGUAGUUCUAACUGCUCAUCUCGUUCUUCAUAUAGUGGUAAUUACGGUAUGCAGAGUGAAUGUGGGCAAAGUCCAUCCUAUUGUCCAACCUAUUAUAAUCCAUAUUACUGUUCGGGAUAUUGCUAUCCGCAGUGUGGCAAUAUGUGCUUUAAUCCUUAUCCAUUUCCUAUGGAAGCAUCAACAAACUAUUGUACAAAUAACUUUGCCUGUCCAAAGCCAAACAAAUUUUUUCAUCACAUGCUGAUGUAGAACAGUGCAACGGUUUUGGGGAACCAUUUGCAGCGUAUUUUCCGCAGGCUUCAGAGGAGACCGUUUGCUAUAAGUGCAAGGCUGUGCCAAGCAACUCGUCAG